AUGCCCUCGGUCGCUGAUGCCCUCGCUACCGAUGAGGCCAUCGAUUUCUCCGUAAUAAAGACGCUGGUGGACCUCUCGCCUGAGUACCUCAUCGGCGCCCCAGAUUCCGUGCGGGAGCGGGUGGCGCUCCGGGGCGUCGAGAAGCAUGGAACCUUCGCCGACGCCGCCGAAGGUGCUGCUGCAGUGGCGCCACCUCCGUCGAAGAUUCUUAGGGUUGACGCCGUCCGCUCUUGCGAGGACUUGCUGGUUGAGCUCACCGAGCAGGUUGGAAGCUCUGGAAUUCGGGAUAUAAUUAUGCCUUUUAGACAAGAUAUUCAAAACUUUAUUUGUAUCAAGAAACCUACACUACCAGAGUCUUCUUUGGAAUUGCUUAGAGAAUUGGACCCAGAGAUCCAAUCUAUGGCUGCAUCAUCAUCAGUGGAGCAGAAUGGUAUAUCAAGAAACACGACAAUCAUCAGUCCUUAUGCAAUGUCCACCAUCUUAACUCCAAUAUUGAUACACCUAGGCCCACUAUUGCCAGUACUGAGCUUCAGCCUGGGAAUUUAACAAAUUUAGUCAACAACCAUGAAAAAGGUAAUUUCAAGCAGUGUCCAGUUGAAUCAACUGUUGAUCUUGAUAAGCCACUUGAAAUAGACAGAAGGUUCUACAAUCAAGCACGGGAAUAUGCUAACCAAUUUUUCACUUCAAACAAAAAUGAUGGUUACUUCUUCAUAUCAUACACUAAGUUCCUUGCCAUUUCAAAUGAUCUUGAAUAUUUUUGUGUUUAUAUAUUUGGCUAAAUGUCAUCUUUCAUAUUUUUUAUGAAUAA